AUGAGUCAGUACAAUCUAACAUAUAUAAUCCCACCGUAUCUCUUGAAUACUUGUUUGGGAUCAGAGUUACAUAGAAGUUUGGCUCAAGAAGAUGAACAAUUGAGCUUAUUGAAUGUGAUAUCAACUGAUUCUCCACAUUAUUACAAAGGCAGCACAGAAGGUAAAACAACUCGAUUUUCAGAAGAUCAUUACUUGAAUGAAAUCAUAAAGGAAAAGACUCUUUACAAGUUGGCAAUUAUAGGAGUUUUGGGUGAUAAUCCUAUGGAAUGUGAUAACUCCCAUUUGUUUGAACUUUAUAACGCAUUUAAGCACAGGUUGGUUGAAGAUGAGUCAAGUUCAAAAUCAAAUACAAGUCGACAGCCAUUAGGUGAUUCGGCAUCAUCAAAGAUCUCAGUUUAUCGAUCAAGAACUGUGGGAGAGAUUAACUUUAGUGAUUUACCUAAAUUCAGCAAUUACCCUAAACAGUAUAAAAAGUAUUUGGAAUAUCCACUUAAGGAUUUAAUUGCUCUUGAAACAGUGGCAAAUCAUAAAUACAAAUUCCCUUCAAGUUUAGUAAACUUUGAUAACUUUGAUUAUCCAUUACCAAUUUCUUGGGUUCCAUUGGUGUCAAAGAGAUACUUGAGUCAUUUGGAAACAAAUUUAAAUUUGAAACUUAAUAAUGUGAAUGGGUAUUCUUCAUUGGAGUUGAAAGGAAGUAAACUUCCUCUGGAGGAAAAGUCUAAGUAUUACAAUUUCAUUACAGAUAAACAUAUCAAUUCAUCAGCUGGAAUCUUUUAUUAUGAGCUUGAAGUAGAGCAAACAUCAAAUGAAGCCAACGCUCACAAAACAAUUAUAUCUAUGAAUGAUCAAUCCAUGAGCUCUGAAUCAUCGUUAUAUAUAUGUGCUGGUUACACCAAACGAUUCUUCAAUCUCGAAAAUCCCAUUUCGUCAAGUGCUCCUGAAUUAUUCGAUCUUGAUAAGAUCAAAGAUGAAAUCUAUUACAAAGAAACAGUGGAAGAAAUCCAGACUGUUGAAAAUCUAUUGAUAUUAAAACCAGGAAUCUUUAAAGGUAGUUUUGCAGUUGAUUUUGAAAACCUGACAUUUUAUAACUCAGUUAAAGGUUUAGAAUACCAACAAAGGACAUCAUUAGUGAAUGGGGUUAGAAGAUUAUCUUCCACAUUGGGUAGACCCUUAAAUGAUCUUGAUGCUGGUAAAAUUGAUAUUGGAGUUCCAUUUAGAACCAAGAUAUCUAAAGACGUUAACACUAGGACUUAUAAGACUGAUACUAUUGGAUGUGGGAUUAAUUUCAUUGAUAAGUCUAUUUUCAUUACUUUGAAUGGUGUUUUGGCUAGAGUUAUAAGAGACGAAGAGUUAUACUCUUCAAGUUCAUUAGAGGAUAACUUAUUUUCUGAAAAAGAUAAUGAUGUCUAUCCUUUUGUUGGAUUCCAAGUUGAUGAAUCAAGUGAUGGAUCUGUCCGAAUGAAAACAAAUUUUGGAUUUAAAGAAUUCAAGUUUAAUAUUGGGAAUUAUGUUAAAAACUUCAAGAUUGAAAAUCAAAAGUAUUUAUAUUUGUCUUUAUUAGAUAAAAUCAGUAACGAUCCAGUUGAGAAGUCACUUAAGGAGGAUUCCAAAAUGUUGAAUCAAUUAAUAAAAGGUUAUCUUAAUCAUGAAGGUUACUUGGAAACUUUCAAAUCAUUUAACGCUGAUCUUAAAAACUUGUCACAAGAGGUGAACAAAGUGGUAGAUGAUGAUGAUACUUUGAUUUUAAAGAAAUCACACGCUACUAACAGACAAAUCAUAAAGAAUUACCUCUUGAGCAAUGAAUUUGAACUUUUGCUUAAAUUCUUGUCUUUGAAUUAUCACAAGAUCUUCAGUUCUCCUAAGAAUGCACUGGUGCUUUAUGAGAUUGAUGUUUUACGUUUGACAUAUUUAUUAAGAAACUACAUUGAAAGAAAAUUGGGUCGUUAUGAGUUUGAUUUUGAAUACAAAGAAUCAGAAGAAGAAUUGUAUCAAAAGGCUUAUAGUUUCAGAGAUCAAUUACAGAACACAUACAAAGAUUUAAGUAGAAUCAACGAAUUGAGUGCUGCUCUUUUGGUCAAGGAUGAAAAAGGGUUGCGUAAUUUACCAAAUGUUAAUGCUGCCUUCCAAAAUUAUUCGAAAAACAUAUCCACGUUGUUAUCUGACAUUAAUAAAAUUAUCUUACAAAGUCUUGGCUUUAGUAAAAAUUCGAACUUGGAAUCAAUAUUUGAGAAAGUGAACAACAAUAUUCGUACUCUUAGUUUAAAUGAUGACAAGUUUACAUUGGUAAAUUUCGAGAAAGAUCAUGUAGAUUUAUAG